CAUAAGAACCGCGGCUUCGCAGGACUCGAGCUGCAUCGCGGGCCUCAACCUGCCCGUCAGCACUCAGCUCGUUCCACUGGCACUCGCUGUCUCUCGCGCGCCAGCCAGCUGCCGGCGCCGGACUGCGAUGCCUGGGCACCGCGUCGCGGCAAUUUUCGACCUCCGUGGCCGCCCACAUGGAAAACUUUCGUCAUCCUCCACGACUCCGGCCUUCGUGUCGCCGUCGCUCGUUGCAAAAUCUGUCCUGAAUGCUUGUGUCGAGGCCAAGAGGCCGCGGUUUCAUGGCAAGGGAUGCCCGUCUCGCGCUCGCUGAAACUCGUCUCACCAACACCACCCGUGCACAUCUCAUCUCGUUAAAGCAUGCCUGCAGGAACAGCCAGUGCCAAGCCUCGUCUGUCGACCGGCCGUUGAAACAACCUCCUGCUCUCGACGCAUCGUUUCCUAACCCGGGACGCUGGAAGCUGGGAGUCUCCUGCCAGUGGCGAGCCCUCGCUGUCCUAAUCUCAAAAUGCGCAAAUCCACGCGCCGCACGCGCUCCCGCCGUCACAGAUGCAAUGCCUCCUCCGUGCGGUAGGCGUCCUUUGCACGAUGGCAUCAUGUACUUUAUCUCCCGCCACAGAACAUCCCGGACUGGGGGAUACCGUGAGCCGGGAGCGAUAUCUUAUCGCAUUUACCUCAAACGGCCAUCUCAGCCACCAAUUCGGAGUGUGGAGCCAAUCCAGGAACAGGAAAUCACAAAGAACCAUCGCAGCCGGUGGUACUACUGUACAUCCUCCAGUGGGCUGACGAGUAGAGUCCGCGAUAGAAGUUGGUUUCGAUCGGUCGUUUCAUGGACACGUCUGCCAUUCGCGGCACGACUACGAAUCCACCCCGCUUCCUCCUGGAGCACGAGACCAAUAGUGUGGAGCGCAUACGCAGUCCGGAGAAUAUUGUUUGUGGGCAUGUGCGAAGUAUAUCGAUUGUGGAGCGCAAAUCCAACCAUGGCGGUCGUACGAGAACCUCGUGCUACUGUGUGGCGGAAAAUACCUUUGUGUAGGACCGAGCAAACCAAUAGACAGCUUGCCCAACUGUGGAACUCGAGACUAGACCACCAGACAAACACCGUGGACAUAUGCCACAGGUGACACGCCAUUUCCCCGAGACACCCUUCGAUUAUAUCAUGGCUGCCAGAAUGGGCCUAUCGAGAGAGUAUAUUCAUUCUCACCUCAGGCCACGGGGCAUAACGCCCCGCAUCGUUCCUUCCAUUUUCAAUCCUUCAUUGCGUCUUUUGCUUAUAAGUUCAGGGUGCUAUUGUCACAGCAGCCAGCCUUAUCCCGUCUGAAACAUUCCGCCGCCUUCAGCCCUCCCGCAUGUUUCAACUGCAACAUGCCCUGUCAUCAAUGACAUCAGCUGUCUCCAACGGCCUUGUUUGCA